CGCUUCCCGCCUCCAUAAAACGUCCACCGCGCUCGCCAUGGGCAGCCGCGACCUCAUGUUCAAAGUGCUGGUGGUGGGGGACGCCGCGGUGGGCAAGACGUCCCUGGUGCAGAGGUAUUCCCAGGACAGCUUCAGCAAACACUACAAGUCCACGGUGGGAGUGGAUUUCGCUCUGAAGGUUCUCCAGUGGUCUGACUCCGAGAUGGUGAGGCUGCAGCUGUGGGAUAUUGCAGGGCAGGAGCGCUUCACAUCUAUGACACGCCUGUACUAUCGAGAUGCCUCUGCCUGUCUUAUUAUGUUUGACGUUACCAAUGCCACUACCUUCAGCAACAGCCAGAGAUGGAAGCAGGACCUGGACAGCAAGCUCACACUGCCCAACGGAGAGCCUGUGCCCUGCCUGCUCUUGGCCAAUAAGUGUGAUCUCUCCCCUUGGGCAGUGAGCCGAGACCAGGUUGACCGUUUCAGUAAGGAGAACGGUUUCACGGGCUGGACAGAAACAUCAGUCAAGGAGAACAAAAAUGUGAAUGAGGCCAUGAGAGUCCUCAUUGAGAAGAUGAUGAGCAAUUCCAAAGAAGAUAUGUCUUUGUCCACCCAAGGGGACUACAUCAACCUACAAGCCAAGCCUUCCUAUAGUUGGGGCUGCUGCUAGUCAUGUUACGCCUGCUUUCCCUCCAGGUUCCAGUUCCUUCCCUUUGGCUCCCCACCCAGCAGUUUGAUUAAGUACAUUUGAACCGUCUCCUGCUGACUGUCCAGUAAGGAGGGCCGUCAUCACUAAGAAAAGACACCUGGGACCCAUGUGCUUUUCUGCAUCUCCUGAAACUUGGUUCUCACUUGCUGCUGACGCAUGUGGUCCAGUUAGUGCCUUCCCACUCAUCCCCUUUUUAUUGAAUUUAUUGGGGUGACACUGGUUAACAAAAUUAUAUAGGUAUCAUGUGCACAGUUCUACAAUAUAUCAUCUGUACAGUUAGUGCCUUUUGUAUAAGAAAGGUCAUCUGAUCACUCAGUUUGUGAUCUGGGAUUUUGUGGGUAGGACUAGAAAUCGGGAUCACAAUUCUCAGCUGCUUUUGAGCUUAUUUUUCCAUCUGAUGUAUGUUGAGAUAUCAAUCUGAUAUGACUUCAGAUUGAGAAGAAAAUGAAAACAAAGGUCAUUUCCCUUAUAGGUCAUGACUUUCAGAUACUUUCUGUCUUGGACUUUCAAUUUAAAGAUCUGAUUCCAAGAUGCAGUAAGAGUGGGGCUUGAUAUCUUUGGGUUUGGGACUACUGGAGGUGACCCAAAAGUCACUGUUAUUUUUGAAGCUUCUAAAGUCAUAAUUAGCUUUCUCUUGUCUUGGCUUCAAGAAGAAUCAAGCUUGGCCUGACCAGUGUGGCUCAGUUGGUUAGGGCAUCAUCUCCUGCAUGGAAAGGUUGCAGGUUCGAUUCCAGGUCAGGGCACAUGCCUAGGUUGUGAGUUCAGUUCCUGCUCAGGGUAGAAGCAGGAGGCAACCAAUUAAUGUGGUGUGUCUCUCCCAUAUAAAUGUUUUUCUCUCUCUCUCCCUCCUUCCCUCCCUCCCUCUCUCCUCUCCUCCUUCCUCUAAAAAAAAAAAAAAAAAGGUCAAGCUUUCAAAUGAUCUAUCUUGUGUGAUGCCAGCAUUUCUUUCUGAAAAGGAAUUAGUGUGGUCUAAUUGUCUCCCUACCAGUAGGGUAAGGGAGGGGUUUGCCGUUUCUGCAGGUUUCUGGGUUGAUGUUUUGAUGCAUAAUGCUUCAUGUGGUGCCCAGUUGUCUGAUCCUCGAAGCUCUGGGAAUCUGAAUGGAAGAAGAGGGAGAGGUUAAUAGAACAAAACCCUGUGAGCAGCUUGCUUAUGAGCAAUCUGAGUGGCUAGCACUUAACAGCCACAGGAAUAUUAUGUACAGAUCUUUGCCUGGGGGUGGGAAUAGACAGACAGGAAAUCAUUAGCUAAUUUAAGUGCUAAAUCAGGGAGAGUUUUUUAGUAUCAAAUCGCUUUUAAGCAGUAUAAUUUGUUAAAUUCUCACAGGAUAGUGAUUUAUAACCUACCCAAAAUUAUGAAUAUUCUUAGUGAACCUGGAGGCCUACAGUUCUUUGAGAGACACUUGUCUAAAUGUAUCCUAAGUCAGUGGUUCCCAAGUCUGACUGGUCAGAUUUAACUUAUAUGUGGAAUCGAAUGAACAAAAUAAACUGACCAACAAAAUAGAUCCAGAGGUAUGGAACAGACUGACAGAUCUCAGUCUGUUUUUAAUACUGAUUAUAACUUUUGCACAAUGUUUGGAGACCUUGGAGAUUCAGGUAGGGUUUUUAUUACAAUGAUUCUGAAGGUAAUAGUGGGUUAACAAAUUCUUUUUAUUUGAGAAGAACAUUGAUUUGUAUGCACUGGUUCCAACCCCAGCAAUAUCAAAUAAGUGGGAAAUAAGUCUUGUAUUCAUGAUAGUUAUUGGCCUUUAAUGUGAGUCUGUUAAAAUGUUAGUCUAUCCCACCCUAGCCGGUUUGGCUCAAUGGAUUCUGCCCGGGUUCGAUUCUGGUCAAGGGCAUGUACGUGUGCGGGAGGCAACCAAUCAAUGUGUCUCUCUCACAUUGAUGUUUCUCUCUGUCUCCCUCUCCCUUCCACUCUAAAAAUCAAUGGAAAAAUACCUUCUGUUAAUCCUCCAGUAAGGAUUAACAAAACAAAACAAAAAGUUAGUCUAUGCUGAUUAGUCAAGAGUAUUGUGGACAUAGAGACUUUAUUUUUUAAAUACCUUCUUUAAAAACGAAGGUAAAUGUUUUUCUGUUAAUUUAUUGGUACCAGUCGCCUAAUACCAAUUCAGUACUUGAUGUAACAUCCCAAAUACUCCUCAGAAAUGUGACCAUUUUAAAAAAUAGAAUAUCCUUUCUUUUCCCAUUUGCUGACUCAAGAUCUACCUGCCUUUUCAAGCAUUGCUUGAAGCUGGCCUGCCAGCCCUUAUGGAUUUUUCUCUCCUAAUUGGUGAAAAGUAUAGGCCUGAAAUUAAUUGAAGAAGAAAUUUGAAAUAUAACUAAUUUCUCUCUAUCCAUAAAGAAAAGGGAAAACAAUUAAGGAAGAAGAAAAUAUUUACGUGACUUGAAAUAUGAUUAUACUAAAAAUAAUUAGAUCUUAUCAUUUGGAUGCCACCUCUCAGGUAAAAUUGUUUGGAACAUGGAUACUGUUGUAGCCCUUCCCUAGAGAAGUUUCCGUAUUUGAGACAAGAUGUCUCCAACCACAGCUGCUCUAUGGCCCAAAAGAAAACAAGCAUUCCCUGCAGUAUGCUCUAGGAGACCCAGGGAAGGACUGAAAAUUGCG